AUGAGCGGCCUUCGCUUCCUUGACUUGAUCAAGCCCUUCACGCCCCUCCUCCCGGAGGUGGCAGCUCCUGAGACCAAGGUGCCAUUCAACCAGAAGUUGAUGUGGACGGGCUUGACUCUCCUGAUCUUCUUGGUCAUGAGCCAGAUGCCGCUAUAUGGCAUUGUUUCCUCCGACACCUCCGACCCCCUGUACUGGCUUCGGAUGAUGCUGGCCUCCAACCGGGGUACCCUGAUGGAGCUGGGUAUUACCCCUAUCAUCUCCUCGGGCAUGGUCUUCCAGCUCCUUGCCGGUACCCACCUCAUCGAUGUCAACCUGGACCUCAAGACCGACCGUGAGCUGUACCAGACUGCUCAGAAGCUGUUCGCCAUCAUCAUCUCCUUCGGUCAGGCCUGUGUCUACGUUCUGACUGGCCUCUACGGCCAGCCCAGUGACUUGGGUGCUGGUAUCUGUGUUCUCUUGAUCGUUCAGCUGGUGGUGGCUGGUCUGGUGGCCAUCCUGCUGGAUGAGCUGCUCCAGAAGGGCUACGGUCUGGGCAGCGGUAUCUCGCUCUUCAUUGCCACCAAUAUCUGCGAGUCAAUUGUUUGGAAGGCCUUCUCCCCCACGACCAUCAACACCGGCCGUGGCCCUGAGUUCGAGGGCGCCAUCAUCGCUCUGUUCCACCUGCUCCUGACCUGGCCCGACAAGCAGCGUGCUCUGUACGAGGCCUUCUACCGCCAGAACUUGCCCAACGUGAUGAACCUGCUGGCAACCCUGGCUGUCUUCGCCGCGGUCAUCUACCUGCAGGGCUUCCGUGUUGAGAUCCCCGUCAAGUCCUCGCGCCAGCGUGGCAUGCGCGGCUCCUACCCCGUCCGCCUCUUCUAUACCUCGAACAUGCCCAUCAUGCUCCAGUCCGCUCUGUCCUCAAACGUCUUCCUGAUCAGCCAGAUGCUGUACUCGCGCUUCUCGGACAACCUGCUGGUCAAGCUUCUCGGAGUCUGGGAGCCCCGUGAGGGUUCUGCCCAGCUCUACGCUUCGUCGGGCAUUGCCUACUACAUGUCGCCUCCGCUGAACUUCAAGGAGGCCGUCCUCGACCCCAUCCACACGGCUAUCUACCUUAGCUUCAUGCUGAUUGCCUGUGCGCUCUUCUCCAAGACCUGGAUCGAGGUCUCGGGCUCCGCUCCCCGUGACGUGGCCAAGCAGCUCAAGGAUCAGGGCCUGGUCAUGUCCGGCCACCGUGAGCAGAGCAUGUACAAGGAGCUCAAGCGCAUCAUCCCCACCGCCGCCGCCUUCGGUGGUGCCUGCAUUGGUGCUUUGUCUGUUGCCUCCGACCUCCUCGGGGCUCUGGGUAGCGGCACGGGUAUCCUGCUCGCUGUCACCAUCAUCUACGGUUACUUCGAAAUUGCUGCCCGCGAGGGUGACAUCGGCUCGGGCCUGAAGGGUCUGGUGCCCGGCAGCUAA